AUGAAAUCUGAUUCAUCCCAGUUCAAGAGUUUCUUGGAAGACAUUCGCGGCAUAAAUGGCCUUAUUGACCAGGCCAGUGCCCUCUACUCCGAACUAUCCGUUCUUAAGCACAUGCUCGCCACCGAAGAGUUUACCCAAGACACGGGCACCAAGCAGCUACAAGAACUCACCCAUGAAUUUCAAACUCUCCUCACCCAAAUCCAGCAGCGCAUUGACGUACUUGACCAGCACCCAAAACCAACCACCGCCUCCUCAGAGUACCUUCAUACCACCCAUAUUAAAGGAGUCACCGAGCGCGUCCAAAAGGUCCUGAAAGCCUUCCGCAAAGAAGAGGCCGUCAUUCUCGAAGACGAGAAAGUCCGACUCGGCAAAAUCUACCGCAUAGCCAAGCCCGAUGCUACCACCGAAGAACUUGACCUCCUGGAAGACACUACCCAGGGCCCCGAACUCCUCCAAGCCGCCUUCGCCCUCGGCAACAAAGAAGCCCAAGCCACUAUCCAGCAAGCCAAGAAAAGACACACCAGUAUUCAAGCCAUUCUCAACGACCUUCAAGCCCUCAACACUAUCGCCGACCGACUCCAAAAGACCAUUGCCGAAUCCGACGAUGCCCUCAACACUAUUUCAUACAACAUGCAUACCAUGAACCAAAAAAGCACCAGCACCAACGCCCAUCUCAUUACCGGAAUCAAGUACCGCAAAAGACAACGCCGUUUCCGCCUCUUCUUCACCAUCAUUGGUCUUGUCAUCAUAACUAUCUUCCUUAUCUUCCUACUUAAGUUCCUAACUUCCCUUGUCAAAUAA